AUGGCCCUGGCUCUCCUGUGGCUGGGCUUCACCCUGUUGUGGGCCCUGCAGACUCAUGCUAAGUAUUCCCCUCUGUAUCAGAACCUGAGUCAAUCUCUGGGCCCAUCUCUGAGCAUAAGCUCUCUGCAGCCAAACUUCAAGGCUGACAAGUUCCAGGGGAAAUGGUAUGCCAUAGGUGUGGCAGAAAGCAAUUUCCAGAAUGGAACAGAGAGCCAAUUAGACAUGUACAGCACAGAGUUUGAGCUGAAAAAUAAUUACAGCUACAUCGUCACCUCCUUAAUGCUGAAGGAAGAUAUCUGUGAAAUCUGGGUUAAAGAACUAUCCCCCUGUGGCCAUCCUGGAGAGUUCACCCUGCUAAAUAAGCAUGGGAGAACCAAGAAGCUGAGCCCUAAACUGAAGGAGAAGUUUGUCAAAUUUUCCAAGUCUGUGGGUCUCACCAUUGACAACAUCAUCUUCACGGACCCCAUAGGUGUUGUAGCUGUUGACCGGCAGUCAGAUAUAUUCUUCAGAGGUUCUAUCUGA